AUGAACAAGAAAAAGAUCCAUGAAUUAGAAACUAUUCCAUUGGGAAUCUCCAUUUCGGCCUUGAUGGGUGAUAUCCCGAAAAAGUGUGGUGACCCCGGCCCUUGCCUAGUCACUUGCACCAUAGAUGGGAUACAUUUUGUUGAUUGUAUGUGCGAUCUUGGCGCUUGUGUGAAUAUUAUGCCCUUGUCCGUCUAUGAGGUUUUGAAGCUUCCACCGUUGAAACGGUCGGCCGCCCGGUUUGUUUUGGCGGACAAAAGCAUAAUUUCCGUAGUUGGUAUUGCGGAGGAUGUUCUAGCGAGUAUAAAGGGAUUGGUCUUCCUGAUUGAUUUUCACAUUCUUGAGAUGCCCCCUAGUGAUUCCAAAAGGACUUCAUCUAUCUUGCUUGCGAGGCCAUUUUUGAAGACCUCCCGGUUUAAAUUAGACGCUUUUUCGGGUACCUAUUCUUUUGAGAUCGAUGAAAGAACGGAGAGCUUUAAUCUUGAUGAAGCCAUGAGACAUCCACCGGAUGACCACUCUAUUUUCCGGUGUGAUAUGAUUGACAAUGUGGUAGCCGAAGUCCAUAAUGAUGGUUUUGAAGAGAAAAGUAUGAUUCAAAGUCCAAGUGUGGGGAACCCCCAUGUAUGUGAAGAAGAUGCCUUAUCACCCCCACUGCUACCGGAUGACAAAGUGCUAAGUCAUGAACAAAAGGUAGAUUUGAAACCACUCCCAUCCCACCUAAAAUAUGCCUUCCUUAAAGAUGACCAAAAGCUCCCGGUAAUUGUUGCAAAAGAGCUCACCUCCCACCAAGAGGAGAAGUUGCUUAAUAUCUUGAGGAGAAACAAAAAGGCCAUUGGGGUGGAGCUUGGGGGACUUAGUUGGCAUUAG